CCGCUGCUCGUUUCCCCCGAGGCGACGCGUCAUCAGGACGAGACCGUUGGUCGCUCGGGGAGAAGUGUUCCCUGUGACAGAAGCCCGCUCUUCACUCUUCCGCUCCUCCGAGGCGACCGAGACUCUGCUCUUCCUCAGCCCCCUCGCAUCCCUCCCGACGGACCGCUCCCUACUUUCUGCACAACGUUUGCCCGUUCUCAGCAGGGAAGCCACGCAGCCGAGACGGGUCUUGCCCUGCAAAGAUCCAUCAUGAAUCUCUUCCUGGAAACAGUCCAGGUGCUCCUGCUGUCCAUCUGGUACAAUGUGGAAUCCUUCGUCCACCUCUUUGUGCCCAGGAAAAGGAAGAACAUAGCUGGCGAGGUGGUGCUGAUCACGGGGUCAGGUAGUGGGAUCGGUCGCCUCAUGGCUCAGGAGUUCGCAGCCCUCGGCACUGUGCUGGUGUUGUGGGAUAUUAACCAGGAUGGGUUGAAGGAAACGGCCAGACUGGCAAAACAGAGCGGAGCCAGCCGAGUACACUCCUACCUGUGUGACUGCAGCGACAGGAACGAGGUUUACAGAGUGGCUGACCAGGUGAAGCGAGAGGUGGGCGACGUCAGCAUUCUGGUGAACAACGCCGGGAUUGUUACAGGAAAGAAGUUCAUGGAUGCUCCUGACUCCCUGAUUGAGAAGACUGUGGAGGUCAACACGAUGGCUCACUUCUGGACAUACAAGGCCUUCCUUCCUGCUAUGAUCGCCAACAAUCACGGACAUCUUGUCAGCAUCGCCAGUUCUGCUGGACUCAUAGGAGUGAAUGGAUUAGCAGACUACUGUGCCAGUAAGUUUGCCGCAGUAGGUUUCGCAGAAUCUGUGGGUCUGGAGCUGCUGGCAACUGGGAAAGAUGGCAUCAAGACCACCAUUGUGUGUCCAUACUUCAUCAACACUGGGAUGUUCGACGGAUGUCAAACUAAGUGGCCAACACUGCUGCCCAUCUUGAGUCCAGACUAUGUGGUCAAGAAGAUCAUCCAAGCUGUUCUCACGGACCAGGUCUUCCUGCUGCUGCCCAAGACCAUGUACCUCAUCACUGCUCUCAAGAACAUCCUCCCCAUGAAGCAAGGCAUUCUGCUGGGACAGUACCUGGGAGCCUUCAGCCUCAUGGACACGUUCAAGGGCCGCAGCAGAAAACAAGACUGAGGGAGGAGGGGGAGACGUGAUGGACGACAGGGAACAACUUAAGCCAUCCUCUUUUAAUCCGGAUCUUCGUAAAGUGCUGGUUAAAGAAUAGAGCACAUUACAAAUAUUGAAUGUCUAUUAGUUCUCUUUAUCACACAAUGUAUGCUCCAUCUGUUAAGUAUGCAUAUCCUUAAUGUGCUUCUUUUUAAAACGACAUUUACAUGAGUGAAAUCUUAUAAGUAACACAGAAAUAUAUGUUUUCAAAGAGUCUUCCUCAUUGAUUAUAAUAAUGUCAAAAUGUCAGUACUGAUAUCCUACAUGUAUGUACGUGCUCAUUAAUUCAGUUAGCCUGACUGAUUCUUCCUGAUGAGGACCAAUAUAUACACUUUGAUUUCAUAAUGUUAUGUAUCAAUAAUAAUCAUUCCUCAUUCAAAGUAAAGUGCCUUGGCCACUGCCAACAGCUCAGUGUCAGUCAACAAGCCUUUCGCUAUCUGAGCAGCUGACUAGCUCACUGCAGCUAGCUUGUGUGUGCGUUUCCACGUGUUCAUGAACUGGUGAAACUCUUUAUCCAGGGUUGCGUCGUCUGCAAAGUGUAAACUUGUUUCAACCUCGGCUCUGCGCUAAGUGGAAGCAACAUGCCUCCUUGGUUUCCUCAGUUCCAUCCAUUAGCUUCUGAUUUCCCACAGUGUUAUCCGUCUUGAUUCAGCUCAUCAAGCUAAUGCUCAUUUGAAAAGCUUGAGAACUGUUUACUUUAUGUUUUACUAGCAACACUUGCAGCUGUGCGGUAACGUUACAAUAGUGUCUACUUGAUCUAGUGGUCACGGGGAGCUCGACACUGAUAUGUUGGGCAGGCAGGGAGAGAAGACAACCGGAGCUCGUACUUGUUCUGCUGUUAUAUGUGAAGGAAUAGUCAAAUGUUGCACUCAUGCCUGCAAAGAUAUUAAUGGUCCUAUAUUAACACUUAUUAAGCACAAGUGUUCCUACUAUUAUAUUUCUAAUUACUAUAGCACAUGUUUGUAUGCACAUACAGUAUCUAUCAGGGAUCAUUUAAAAUGUAACAAUGUGUCAUCGAUACAUAUUUGUAAUCAGUAACCGAUUGCCGUCAUACGAGUGUAAUUCGUAGUUGAUGUUCUCAUCUUGAAUGCAUAUUCUGUAAACACUUAAUUACCGACAUAUCUACAUUGAACUGAUCAGAGUAUACACCAGUUGUCUUAAUCAUGUAAACUGUUCAGCAAAAUAAUGGAUGUUGGCAGAAGGAUUGUAGAGAUUGUUUUUAAGAAAGCAUCUAAUGGUACAGUUUCAAAUGUAAUGUAGAAAAUUAUGAUGAAUAAAUGUUUUGUUCCUCUGUUCUGA